AUGCAAGCACUCAAAUGUGUAGUCGUUGGCGAUGGUGCCGUUGGUAAAACUUGCUUAUUAAUUUCUUAUACGACGAAUACAUUUCCUGGUGAAUAUAUACCAACGGUGUUUGAUAAUUAUUCGGCUAAUGUUAUGGUUGAUGGAAAACCCAUUAAUCUUGGUUUGUGGGACACAGCCGGUCAAGAAGAUUAUGAUCGACUCCGUCCAUUAUCCUAUCCACAAACGGAUGUUUUUCUUAUCUGUUUUUCUCUUGUUAGUCCAGCUUCAUUCGAGAAUGUUCGUGCUAAGUGGUAUCCCGAAGUCAGUCAUCAUUGUCCUCAAACACCCAUUGUUCUAGUCGGUACAAAACUCGAUCUACGUGAUGAUAAAGUUGCAAUUGAAAAACUUCGAGAAAAAAAACUAGCACCAAUAUCGAUCCUUCAAGGUGAAGCUAUGCGUAAAGAAAUCAGUGCAGUAAAAUAUUUAGAAUGUUCUGCGUUAACACAAAAAGGUCUCAAGACAGUGUUUGAUGAAGCUAUACGUGCUCAUCUAUAUAUAUUUGAUAUGUAUAAAUAUACAUUAAUCUGUCGUUUUAAAGCGAAAAUGAUUCUUUUUUCAGAUUUUUCGAACGAAGAGGAUAAUAAGAUGACCACCGGUGCAGAUACCAAGACGAGUAUACGUUCAUCAGAAGUAAAACUGCAAGAGGAAAAACGGCGUCUAGCAUUAUUGCAAGAAUCAUUAACACGUUCGAAUGUAUUAACAAGUGGUAUGGUAUCAACACUUGAUAAUUUCGAACGAAAACUUGAAUCAUUAGAUGAACUAGUAACACCUGUAUAUGAAGCAACGAACGAAUUAGGUUUUCUCUUGAAUAAUGUCGAUCAAAGUUUAUCAUUAGUUGAUUCUAUCCUUCACUUUUAUGAGAUAUGUAGUGAAUUACAAACAACAGUAUCCUCGGGUCCAGGCGGAAAUUUAGCUGAGUAUCUGUUAGAAUUGGAUCGUCUUCAAGAUGCCGUUAAAUAUUUCAAAAGUACUACUUCUGUCAGUGAACGUGAACGUGUUGUACAAUUAUUUGAUCUCGGACGACAACGGCUUGUUGAAGAAACAGAUAAACUUAUUUUACGAUACGCUAAUCCAUUGUCACCGAAAGAGUUAACUGAAUUAUGUGAAAUGUCCGAAACAAAUAGAAACAAUAUUCAUACCAUGCAAGAAGUCGAUAUGGGUAAUUUGAGAAUGAUAAUAGAAUGGUUUAUUUCUCAUGGUUUUCGACAGGGUCUUAUCGAUUCCUAUGCAACGAAACGAGGCAUGAUGAUUCGACGUUCUCUGCAACUCCUUGCAGAACAUUUAGGCAAACAAGCAGUUCGUCGUGGCUCAACAAAUGUUAUUAUACAGAGUCCACAUAUGUUACAGAGUGGCCUAUCGGCAGCAGAUGCAACGAAACGUUCAGGGAAACUAUUCGGUGAUAUGGGGCGUCGUUUUAUGCGACCAUCCGGUGGUAAUAUAUUACCUCGAGGUGGAAGUUCUCCUGUGUCAACAUCAUUAUCAAUAAUAGAAGAUAAUGCUAUGUUUGAUUCCAGCGACGAUCGUGAUACAAAUAAUUAUAAGUUAUUACUUGAUGCAUUUAUAAUUCUCUUGCAACGCGACCGUGAUUUACUUAAUUAUGUUUUUCCUACUGAGUUACAAGCACUGGUUUUUACUAAACUGGUUGAAUUACCAUUAGUACAUAUGCAUGAAGAAGCUCAACGUUUGUGUGAAUCAAUUGAACGAUUACCACACAAAUUAGAUUCUGGUAAAUUAGCAAUUUAUGGAAUUUUUUCAAUUCUAAGAUGGUUUUUUCAAUCACGAGCAACAUUUUCUAAAUUUUAUCAAGAAAGUGACGUUACUCGACAGCAACAAUUUACUACACUUUCAGCAACAUUCGAACAUUCGGCAGUUACUUGUCUUCGAGCAAUUUUAGAAGAAGUUAAUUCAGAUGCAUCACCACUGAGCCAAGGUGGCAAUGUGCAUCCAUUAACAUCGCAUGUUUUGGCAUUUAUGGAAGGCUUAUUAAUUUAUGAAGUUAUUGCAACAAUAAUUGCUUCGCUUUUUGUUCAACAAGAACAACGAACGAGUAGUGGUGGUUUAUCAGGAGCAGAGAAAGGUCUCUAUGAUCUAGGAGCUUAUUUUGCUCGAUUAGUUCGAUCACUUUAUGGUAAUCUAUCAAAGAAAAUUGAUGGUCACACAGCACGUACUGAUACAACAAUUCGAUCAAUAUUUCUUCUUAAUAAUAUUAAUUAUCUUCUUAAACGUCUUGAAAAGUCACCUCUUUUGGCGCUGAUUCAACGAUGUGAGCCAGAUUUUAAAUCAAAAUAUGAAGCGGAUUUUCAAAAUACUUUGAACGAAUAUACAAAAUGUUACAGUUCAGUAAUUAUUCCUAUUCAUCAAAUGCUUGAAUACGAUAACAAUAAUCGUUUAUCUGAUGCAAAGUUACGUGAUCGUGAUCGGGAAACAUUGAAAGAAAGUUUUUCAUUGGUAAAUACAGCUAUCGAUACUAUUCGACAGCAAAGUGAACAAUAUAUUGUUAGUGAUGUCGACUUACGCAAUCGUUUACGAAAUGAAGGAAAAAAUAUAAUUGUUGAAUUAUAUAAAAGCUACUAUAGUAAAUUUGCACAUAAAGAUUUUACGAAAAAUCGUGAAAAAUAUAUUCGAUAUGAACCUCGUCAACUUGAAAUAGCCAUUGAAAAAUUUUUUGAACAUCAUUCAUGA